AUGAAUGGUUUGACCCGAUAUGGCUAUAGGCUUCUGAGGCCUCGUGCAUCUGUCAGAAGGGUGUCCAUAAAAGAUGCAUGUGGUCCUCUAUUAAUAGGAGUUUUUCUGGGAUUUUUGAUAGGCCGAAUAGGAUUCAAUUCAAAUCUAGAAGAUGCUGCCAACCUACAUUCAUCCAUCGAUUUCCAUAGUCCCGUAACCCACAAUGACACUCUGUUCAUCUUGAGAUGUGUGGUAAUGAUUCAUCCGAAAACUAAGAAAGCUUCGAACUUCCUAACCGCCAUCCGAGACACGUAUGGAAAGGAGUGUAAUCAAACUAUUUACUACACAAAUGAUAAGAAACUGUCUAAACAAAUCGCAGACCUCAAUGUCAUCUACUUGGAUACUCAUUCGAAUGCUUUCUAUUGGGAAUAUUUCCUCAUGGUUAUGAAGCUAUCAGCUGAUCCACCUGUGCCAUGGACAGUCUUCUUGGAUGAACAGAGCUACCUAGUUGUCGAGAAUCUUAGGAAAACUAUGCAAUACUUCGACUACUCGAAAUCUGUCAUACUUUCCCGAGCCGUUCAAGACAACUCCAUACCCACAUAUAUUUUCCCAUUUCUCAACCGAAUGCGAAUUCCGCUACAAGGUGGUGUUGUGAUGUCUUCUUCAGCUAUAACAGCUCUUCAUACUUGUCAUGAUGGUUUGUGGCCAACAUUCACAGAGACGUCUCUAUAUUCUUGUAUAUUCGAUCGAAAUUUGACGAUAGUUGAUCCCAUUGACGAGGAAGGAAUGCACUUAUUCAAUUACCUCAACUUCAAGACAGUUGUGUCAAAAUCUUACCAAGAGAAAGAAAAGGGAAACAAGAUGGGGUACGAUUGUUGCUCGGACCAUGCCGUCACAUUUGGACAACUUACAUACAAGGAAAUAAGAAUGGCUCAUUAUACUUCAAGCUCACUCCGAGUUUUUGGGAGAACAGAAGAAUUAGAGUAUGUGGAUGAUGAUUACUUCAUAAAGAACGAAACAACAACAACAACAACGAAGAAGCCAGCUCAAAAAAAGAAAGUUCAAACGGUCAAGAAGGUGCCGGAAAAGAAGCAAGCAGAAACGGGCGAUAAGUCAUAG